CACACAACACAUACUACGUAGAAGAAAUAGUCAACAAAUCCCUCCAGUCUUUCACCUACAACUUUCCGAAACGUCUACUUUUCUUCCCGAACUCUGUCUUCACAAUCCUGUUCCCUAUAAAACUCCUCAAAAUCAUUAAAUCAACAAAAGGGAAAAGUAAUCCUUAGGGAAUACUCAAUCCCAUCAUCAUCUAAAAUUCUGAAACCAGCUGUAGAGUUCUUGAUCAUCGUAUCAUCAAUCAUCGGGGAAGAAUCAAGAAUGGACAACUUUUCCAAGCUUUUCCUCGUCUUGAUCUCAUCUUUUUUGCUCUUUGCUCCAUCUCAGGCCCAGGAUUGCUCAGCCUACACCUUCUCCAACAAUGUUUACACGGCCUGCAACAGGCUUCCUGCUCUCAGCUCCUUCAUCCACUGGAACUACCACCAAGCCAACAACUCAAUUGACAUAGCUUACAGGCACACAGGGGUCACAACCUCCAAUUGGGUAGCCUGGGCGCUCAAUCCCGGCACAGGUCGCAUGGACGGAGCCCAGAGCCUGAUCGCUUUCCGCAACUCGACUGGCCUCGUCUACGCUUACACCUCCCCGAUUACGGGCUAUUCGCCGACGAUGCGGCCGGGGACUUUGAGCUUCCGGGUCCCGAGUGUCCGCGCUGAAUUCGUUGACAACCAGAUGAUCCUAUACGCCACCAUAGAGCUCCCGCCGGGAAGGACGAGCUUCACUCAUGUAUGGCAACACGGCGACCUCUCCGGGGACGCUCCUCAGGCUCACCCCUUUACCGGAGAACAUCUUAGUUCCUACGGGGCCAUUGAUUUUGCGACUGGAAGAACGGCCGACACCGGCGCCACUGGCGAAGGAUCACGACAACGGAAAAGAAAUGUUCAUGGGGUUUUGAAUGUGGUGAGUUGGGGAAUAUUGAUGCCUCUUGGGGCGAUGGCAGCAAGGUAUUUGAAAGUGUUCAAGGCAGCCAAUCCAGCAUGGUUUUACCUGCACGUCACCUGCCAAGCUUCGGCCUACAUCGUGGGUGUGGCCGGCUGGGGCACAGGCCUAAAACUCGGCAGCGAUUCUCCAGGAGUCGAGCGAACGACUCACAGGAACAUUGGCAUCACCCUCUUUGCCCUCGGAACACUUCAGGUAUUCGCCCUGCUUCUGAGGCCAAAGCCGGAUCACAAAUACAGAUUUUACUGGAACAUAUACCACCAUGCGAUCGGCUACGCCGUAAUCAGUCUGAGCAUUGCCAACAUAUUCGAGGGGUUCGAUAUAUUGGACCCUGAAAAGAAGUGGAAACAAGCCUACAUCGGCGUGCUCAUAUUCUUGGGAGUCAAUGCACUUCUGCUAGAAGCCUUCACAUGGUUCGUUGUAUUGAAGAGGAAAAGGGAGUCCGGGUCGGAUAAGUACCCGCAUGCUACAAAUGGGAUGAAUGGGGUGAAUGGAUAUGGAGCUUAAUCACUUCUUUUCUUGUUUAUUGCUGAGGAGAUCGAUGAUGAUCAUUUGAUUUUUCUUUUUUUUGAGGCAGCAGAUUUUACUAUGCUCUUAGUCUUUUUCUUUCCUUAUAUUUGAUCUUAGUACACACACUAUGAUUCAUUUGUGAUCCAUCUUAGAAAGGGUAGAUAUAUAGAUUGGUGUGUUUAGACACGGAUGUCUUGUAAUUUUUCUUCUCUGUAUAUCCAUUAUUUAUCUAUCUAUACCUUAUUAUUAUCAAUUACU